AUGAGCAGUGUGGUGGUACCGGGCGACCAGACGAGAGCUGCAGUGCUGGCUGGCAGUGCACCACAUACAAGUCCCAUAUUAUGCCCAGUGCGUUCCAGCAGCCACCUCCGCCCCGGCACCAACCUCGACACCGGCGCCGUCUCCCACACCUGUCCCAUCAUCUUCCCAGCUUAUUACCUCCUCCUCUCGUGUAAUCACCACUCUCACCACUGUCACUACACCCCCAUCCAUCACCACCUCUACCCAAGCCGGCUCAGGCUCCGGCCCGGUUGUCCCCACUCCAACCACGCUGCAAUCAGGGUGGUACUGGAUCCGCGCGGUCGCCACGCCCAACUACCGCUCUUAUCUCCAGCCCCAGCCGACAUCCACCCCCGUCCCCAGAGCAGCGGUCCUCGCCAACUCCAAGACGGCCGCCCAGUUCCAGCUCACCUCCGGCCAGCUAAUCCAGAACAACUUUGGCAACUCCCCCAACCUCUACCUCAACGUCGAGAACCCCACCGACAAAACCCAAAGAAGACUCAGGACAUGGUUUGA